ACUUUCAUCCAUUGAAAUGCACGCGUGCUUCGUCCGGAGCAAGCCACGCCGGUUCGUUGAUUCGAAAUAACAGUGAAGCCGCUGCCUAUUUCGUCAAACAAAACAAACUGAAUUCUAGUAGUGGACCAUACCAAAACUUAAGUGAUUUGCAGCGGUUUAAUGAGUAGUACUCACUUUGUGAAAUUGUUUUUCCAUUAGUUGGUGGUAAAGCGAUGCGCUAAAAUGGGCCACAGUGAUGGUAGUCCGCGCACUCCGGACCUGCCGCCUCUCCCGCCGCCCAUACAGCCAUGCAGCGGCUUUCUUGGCAAUGGCAAAUCGGUGAUUCGACCAAUAGCCUUCAAGCCGCUAGGCGGGCGCCUCUCUGCGGGCGGAGAGCGUUAUGGCUCCACUCCAGUGCUGGCCAGUCGACCGCCGUCGCUUAUGACUUUAUAUGGUAGUUCGUCGGAUGUCCGCGAGGCUCGUUGGUGCGGGUCCCCACAACCAGCGUCGUUGUCCGCUUUGCCGCCCGCGCCGCUGUCCGCUCCCCUCCAUCAGCGGCACCACUCUGCUAUAGUAACUAAAUCCGGUUCGGGUUUGGGCACAGACAGCAAGGAGCCGAUCCCGGCGCCUUCGCCGGCGGACUCCGGAGUCUCCGAACUUGAGAGGGAUCAACAUGAUUAUAGUACAACAGACCGGCUGCGCGGCCACGACGUACGAUUGCGUGCGCCGCGCCUCAUGCUCCAGACGUACAGGCGCGACGCGCGCGACGAGCGCGACACCGAGCUGGCGCGCGUGCGCCGCGACCGCGCGUUGCUACGGCAACGCCUCGAGGACACCGAGUGGAGUCUCUGCCAGCGCGCCGGGGAGAUAGCGCUACUCAAGACGCAGCUGAAGGACGCCCAGAAUGAGCAAACUGCUAAAGGGCACGAGUAUCUCACACUCAAAGCAGACUGCCGGCAACUCAGAGAAACUGUCGACAAAAAAGAAUCAGACAUAACGAGACUUCGCGCGGAAUCUGAGGAGAAACAGCGAACCAUAAAAAGACUGCAGGCCGAAGUCGAGAGACUGACGAACGAUCUAAUGGCCAGCGUCGCCGACCUCAACAAGAACAAAGAGACUAGCAAAAACGAAAUGGACAAACUGAAGACAGAAUUGAAGGAACUCAGACAGGAACUGUCCGACGUUUCUCUCAGCGGGUACGAGGGUAUCGAGUGCGGGAGGACGCUACGGGGCAUUUACGAGUGCAAGAACGAGUAUUGGACGUCCAACGAGAGCGCUCUGGACGCGGAGGUCCAGCGACUCAACGGGGAGCUGCCGGACCCGUGUAGCAACAACUGUCCGGCGAACGCGGUCGUCGACCGGCUCAAGGCCGAGCUGGAGUCUAAAGAGGCGCAGUUCAGCAACGAGAGGAGGAAAUGGUCGGAGGAGAAGGACAAAGUGCUGAGAUACCAAAAGCAACUGCAGAUGAACUACGUGCAAAUGUUCAAGCGGACGCGGACCCUCGAAGCGGAAAUAGACGGCCUGCGACUCGAACUGGAGCUGUGCAACAAGAACAUGAAGAACAUCAACCAGCACGGGAAGACCAUCGAGUUGUGAACCAAAUUCUAGUGUAGUAUUUAUUUGAUGGACUUUUUGUAAAUAAUCUUGCCGUCGGUUCUCCAUAUCGAUUUAUUUAAUACUCAUCGAAGGACAUAAGUAUAAAUUAUUGUACAUUUCCUAGUUUAAGUUC